UUAAACCCAACCUUUUUUUCUCGACUAUCUCUCUUACACCAACCACUUUCUGUUUUCAUUUCUCUUACAGUAGAGAAACUAAGCCAAAGGAAAAAGCUCCUUUUCUUUUUCCUACCCUUUUGCUUCAGAAAAUUUCUGGGUUCUUUUUUUUUCCUUCCUGGGAUUUAAGCUUAGGUGUUUAAUGGGGUUCAAGGAAGUGAAGUUUUGAAUCGUGAAGUUUUUUUUUUUUUGUGGAAAAUGGGGGAAGCAGAGAAGGGUUCAAUGUUAAAGCAGACACUUAAAAAUCUUUGUUGCAGUAAUGGGUGGUGUUAUGGUGUUUUUUGGCGCUUUGAUCAGAGAAAUUCCAUGUUGUUAACAAUGGAAGAUGCCUACUAUGAAGAACAAAUGAGGCCAUUGUUUAACAGUAUACUUCAAAAAUUCCACAUCCUGGGUGAAGGGAUCAUUGGCCAAGCUGCUUUCACAGGAAAGCAUCGAUGGAUUUUCUCAGACUCCUAUGGUAAAAGUUCAAAUAGUUACACUGGAAAUCAAAUUACAUUUCAGGAUGAAUCUGAGUUACAAAAUCAAUUUUCAUGUGGGAUCAAGACAAUAGCAAUAAUCUCUUUGGGAAGACAAGGAAUGGUUCAGGUUGGAUCCACACAAAAGAUUUUAGAGAGAUUGGACUUUUUGGAUGAAACAAAGAAGAUAUUUUGUGGUGUGGGGAGUUUUCAUGGGUUUACCCCUUUGGAAAUUGAAGCUUGCAAUCAAGACGAUCGUUUUGCGGCACUAGGAUCACGUGGAAAUAUUUACAAUGAGAAUCUGGCAACUGAACUGUAUGGCUUCCCUAGAGAGCCAAAAGGGUGGCCAUGUUCCUUAAAAAAUGCCACUGAAUCCUCCAUUUUCAUGCGCGAGAUUCGAGACCCAAGUGUGAACUCGGUGGUACAGAACUUACCUCAUCUCAGAAAUCAACUGCAAACAAGUAAUGCAGAAGCUCUAUCUUUAUCGUCCGGUAAGAUCUCUCCUGUUAACUGCUUGGCUGCUUAUACCCCUUGCACUAGUACAUGGCGUAGUGAGGGUUCAAUUUUAACUUCAUUUGAGACAUCAUUUCCAUCGGAAAGUGGAAUAUGGGAUUCACCGAAUAUGCUUCCUAAGGCAAACGAUCUUGCAGUCAGUGGAAAUAUGGAACAAAAGUUGCAAGGUGCUUCGACAUUCAGUUCACUUUACGGCAUAGGGGAACUUGUUGAUGCAGAAUUACCUACUCUAGACAGCUAUGGGAAAACAGCUGAGUAUCAAUGUUCUUUUGGCACUAACAACGGCCUUCUUGAUGAUGCGAUUAACCUACAAAGAAUCACUGAGGAGUUUAACCCAGCUGACUUUACAAUAGAUCUCUGUAACUCCUUUAAUCUGGAUGAUCUUUCUCAGUUGUUUUCUCCUUUGCCCCGGCAUGACAUCAAUGGAACAGGAGCUACUAUCAUUAGUGAUGUUUCAUCUUCAGUGGGAGUUACAUCAGUGUCAUCUGCUCUCGUUGGAGGUGAUACCUUAGUUGACAUUCCUGUCCGACAAACAGCUAAUUCAUUGCAAAGCUCCACCACUGAAGCAUCCAUAUCUAAUGCAGAGAAAUCUACCAUUGUUCAUGAUAACGGGACUGAUCUGUUCGAUGGUGUGGGGAUUGAUUAUGCAUUUGGAAAAACUGGGGAGUCCUUGGAAGAUAUUAUUGUGCCAUUGCUACAUGGUGAUAACUCAACUGUUACUUCAGGAUUGUCGGAAACCAUUUCGCAAUUGGAUGCCCGUGCCAUGAAUGGCAAGCGAAAAGGCUUAUUCUCUGAACUAGGCCUUGAAAAGCUUCUAGAUGGUGUUAACAAUUCUUCUCAUGCCACGAAAUCUAGUGUUGAGGAUCAACUUUCUAUUACUAAAAGAAGGAAAACUGAAAGUUCUUCGUCUAGUUUUUGUCAAGGUCAGUUUGUGGGUCUUUCUUACUCUGCCGGGAGCAUGAAUCCAGUGCAUCAUUCACAUACUAUAUUCAACAAAGACAUUCAUCGAAAAUCACAAGUUGGUGCGUGGAUAGAUGAUAGCUACAGUGUAAAUGGUGGCCAAGCUGUUGCUGCAACUUCAAAGAAGCCAGCCAAGAAAAGAGCUAAACCUGGUGAAAGUACUCGACCCAGGCCCAAAGACCGUCAGUUGAUCCAAGAUCGUAUAAAAGAGUUGAGAGGGAUUAUCCCACACAAUGGAAAGCCAUUGAGCAUUGAUCAUUUACUGGAGCAGACUAUCAAAUACCUGAUUUUCUUGCAAGGCGUGACAAAAUAUGCGGACAAGAUUAAACAAGCUGAUGAACCAAAGAUUAUCGGCAACGAGGAUGGAAUGCUUCCAAAACAUAACAUGAUAAGUGGUGGUGCUACAUGGGCAUUUGAAGUUGGGGCUCAGAGUAUCCCUAUUGUAGUUAAGGACCUAAAUCCACCUGGCCAAAUGCUUAUAGAGAUGCUCUGUGAAGAUCAAGGAUUCUUUCUUGAAAUAGCAAAUGUUAUUCGGGGCAUUGGGUUGAAUAUCUUGAGGGCGGUGAUGGAGCUCCAAGAAGACAAGAUAUGGGCACGGUUCAUUGUUGAGGCAAAGGAGCAAGUUGAAAGGACAUGUAUAAUCUGGUCUCUUCUCCCGCUUCUGCAACAGACAGGCGGCAGUGGGAUUGAUUCUGCCAGUCAGCCAAGCAAUGACGUGAAUGGUGGGAUUCCGCUAUCAAACAAUUACCUGCAACCUUUUCCGCUACCUCCUCUCAACACGGCUGAGACAUUUCAAUAAUUAGAACACACAUUUAAGGGUUCCAGAAGUACCUUGAGCAUUGACAUCUAAAGGGCCUGCGGUGAUUGGUGUUCUGGUAAUUGAAAAGCCAAAACUGAAGAUUUCGUUGCAUUUUCAACUUCCUUUAGACAUAAUGUAUAUGGUUGACUAGGAAAUAUUCUCAAAGGAGCAGCAAGCGAUUUGUCUGCACCCCAUACCAUCUCUGAAAAAGUGAGGAGAGACCAUGGAAUGGUGGAGCAUGCCUACACAAGUAGCAAGAACCUGAUCGAAACUCAUUUCAUCAUCUGCGGACCAAGCUGGUUUGAAUUAUAGAUCUUAGUUUUUAGCUUAUUGCAUGCUGCUCCUGCAAUAGUUUGUUCAUAAUCCAAAGCAAAUGACACAGUUGUAGGCUAACAGCUAAUUAAUUUUUUUUUCUUGGUCCUUUUGUGGUUGUUUGAUUAGCAAAAAAUCAAAUAGAAUUAGCUUGCUUUGUCUCCCCAAA